UCUCGACUCUCGAUCUCUCUCUCUCUCCCUCACACGCACUCAAACAUCUACAACUACCCGUUACCUCCACUUCCCCCGCCAAAUCUCUCUUCUUCACCACAUCCAGCCAUGGACAAUCUCUUCUUCCACCUCCUACUCCUCCUCCUCACCACCACCACUUUCUCCACAGCCGACGACUCCACCUCCUUCAUCUACGCCGGCUGCUCCCAACCCAAAUACGCUCCCAACUCCCCCUACCAAUAUAACGUCGAAUCCCUCCUCACCUCCCUCGACAACUCCGCCUCCUUCUCCUCCUACUCCAACUUCACCUCCUCGGCCGCUUCCCCUUCCCCUCCCAUCUACGGCCUCUUUCAAUGCCGCGGCGACCUCCCUCUCCCCGACUGCUCCGCCUGCAUCCGCUCUGCCCUCUCCCGCCUCUCCGCCCUCUGCCCCUCCGCCGCAUCAGCCGCCGUACAGCUACGCUCCUGCUAUCUCCGUUACGGAAACGACUCCUUCCUCGGCCACCCCGACACCGCCCUUCUUUACAAAACUUGCUCUUCCGGCCUUGACUCUGGCGUUGACUCCGUCGACUUCCUCGUUUCCAGGGACGGUGCGUUCUCGUCGCUGACCGGAGCCGGUUCGUCGUACAGGGUGGGUACGGCCGGUGGGGUCCGGGCGGAGGCGCAGUGCGUCGGGGAUCUUAGUGGCGCGGAGUGUUCGGAUUGCGUGGGGGCUGCGGCAGCGCAGGUGAAGGCUUCUUGCGGCGGCGCCGCCUCCGGCGAAGCUUAUUUGGGGAAGUGUUAUAUCAGGUAUUAUUCGGUUGGAGCACGGCCGUAUGCGUACGGUAAUGGAGGAAGUGGAGGAUCCGCCGGCGGCGAGCACGAUGAAACUGGGAAGACACUGGCAAUUAUCAUAGGGCUCAUGGCAGGGGUCGCAUUGAUUAUAGUUUUUCUCUCCUUCAUUAAAAGGAGUGGAAAUGGUAAAUACUGAGCAGAAAUCCACUACCUGUUGUUGGCUGCUUUGCUCUGAGCAGUCAGUGUGGCUACUUUCACUCUUCUCCCUUUAGCUUUAAGAUUACUUUCCCUACUUAAUUUUUAUAAAAGGAAAGGUAGUGAAUGGUGGUGGUGGCCAUAAAUAAGUGAAGCAGGACAAGUUUACAAAGAUCUGAGAUUCCAAACCCACCAGCUUCAUGUAUCAUUUUUUUAUAUAAAUAAUUGUUUCUUGUAUUAUUAUUAUUACUAUUAUUCCCUUUAUUUCCUUCAAAUAUAUUUUCAGAUCAGAUUUGGAAGUAUCAUAUAGGCAUUUAAUGUAUUUUAUGUGUUUGUGAAUUUCGAAAUUAUGUAAUUGAGAAUGGAUU